AUUCGCCAUAUCAGCUGGGUCGGAACACCUUAGAGGCAUACUAUGGCGUAUACAGGUAUAGAUACCCGAAAAUGGAAAAGGUUAUUGGGAGGGAUAUCAUAAUAUUUGAUUACAAAGUACCAAAAAUAGUCCUGAGCGCACGCACCUGUUUGGCAGGUGCCAUGGUAACCAAUUAUGAGUGGGCAUGCCCGAUUUAGGGAAGGUCGUGCUCGGUUACUUGUAUAUAAACACAUGGCAUCUCAGACACAUCUUGAUAUAUGUUAAGUCGUUCACGGUAUAUAAUUGCAAGUAUUCCAUAUUAUCUAUCUUUAUAUAUUCAUUUAUUAAUAUUUUUAAAAAGUCAUUAGUUUUACAAUUCAAGAAUUAGAUCAGUAUGUAUUUUCUCGGUAAUUCAAAUUAUCAUAGGAAUUUGGUAUUCGGAAAAAAGUUGUAAAAACAUUGGAUAUCGAAGACUGUGUAAUAUUAAGAACAUUUUGUGCCCAAUCUCACCGGAUUUUCUGUUUCGAAUGAACAAUUAAGUGUUUGGAGAUUUUGACACUGGACAAACUAUUCACAUCUUUCGUGUAAAAUCGUGAUCUAGGAUACGGAAAAUAUUGAGGAAGCUACUUUCAGAGAACCAUUUAUCAUGAUGAGAUUGUACUUUUUACGGAACGUUUACUCUAGAAUGGUUGACGCAUGCGUUUGUCUUAUCCUCGCCUCAUUUCUGGGUUUGACUGCUUCCGCCCACGCACAAGAUAUUCACACGGGUACACGAACUUUGGUUUCGAACCUUGAUGACGUCAGCGAGAAGCUAGUGGACGCAGUACGAGCGGUACGAAGACUGAAGAAAUUUUUAAACGAUGAAGCGCCUUCCUGCCUUGUGUCCGCUACCGACUGUUCCAUGGGAUACAUUGAUCCUAUUGAGGGAUUCAUAGAUGUGGUCAGUAAUCCUAACAGUCCAGGGAAGCGGUCAGUUAGAAGUGUAAAGAGUCCGACCCUUUUGCAGAAAAGAUACGUGGACGAUAUUCUUGAUAAAAGGGAGCUUAUAGGCCGCAUGCAAUCAACGCUGACGGAUAUUCUCAAUGCCAUCCAUAACGAAAGAAAACGAAGCUGUAAGCUGAAUUUGGGUUUCCACUGCCAAACAGAAGAGUACUCGGCCAUAGCAGAUAUGUAUAAUUUUCUGCAGAGUGCCAUGAGUCCAGGAAAACGGAAGUAAAUUUCAACAGAAUCACUUGGAUAUACAAUGUUGUAUACCAAAAAUCAUUAUGCAGUACAAGUUAUUGAAAGAAGGAUGACAGGGAGCACGUUCUUCAAACAAAGUUCGCUUUCAUAUCUCUCAGUUCUACGGACAGUAGUAUUACUGACAAAAUGUGUGACACAAUGUUUUGGAAAAUAUCCCAUGCAAAGCGUAAACGAAAUAAAAACAACAUGAACAUUAACCUACUGAUGAUAUAUACUAAGCGUAAAAGUCAUUCAAUUUUCAAUGGAAACAAGGAAUCUCUCAGAAAGCGAUCUCAGCCACUAUCGGUAUAAUUUCUCAGAUAUUUCUUUAUGAUAUAUAUUUUAAAUUUAUUUUAAAAUAAAGUCAACUAAGAGUAAAAUGUUCUUGCUGCUUUUGAUUUUAAAUGCUCUGUAUUAUUAGAAAUAUACAUUCACAUUCUA